AUGGAUGCGAGCGAGACACCAGAAAUUUCGAGCGUUAGAGGAUGCGGUCACCGCAACUUGCUUCAGCUUGUCAUGGAUUCGCCUCGCAUAGCUCUGAAUGGUAAUGAGUGGACUUGGAGACUCCGUGGUCUUAAAACCUGCCAGCUUGUCAUGGAUUCACCUUGCAUAGCGCUGAAUGGUAACGAGUGGACUUGGAGACUCCAGUGUAAGGCCGGGGAGAAGUUCAAUCUCUCGUUUGCGAGUCUCACAAGUCGGGAGGCAUUGCAAUAUUUACGCGAUGUUCAGAAGAACGAUCUAGCUGGAUGGGCGAGGAUUGCUACUGCUCAGUACAAGACUGACAGCGUCGACCAGGCAACAGACUCCGAGUCAGAGGACGAGGCCACUAAUGCUAUCGGAGUUGAAUCCCAGGGUGAACACGUCCGUUCUGACUGCCGUAUCAAUGCAGAUGGUGGACUUUCGUGUGCAAACCACUCCGAAGUCUAUGAUGUGGGUGACAUUGCUGCUGAAGAUGUGGAAGGUGGCUCGAACAGUGUUCUGAAGGUUGAGUAUGGGCGUGGAAAGUGUAGACACAUCGCAAAUUCAAUGUGCGGUAAAUGCCGAGCACGCCAUGCCCCGCGGCUCUCUUCCUGGGUCAGUUCUUGGGUGCUCGCGUGCUUCGCACCUAGAACGGUCAAAGUUGUGUCAACGAUUGUUAAUCGUGCAAAGUUGAAGCAGCCCACUUACCCAUGGACCAACAACAGAGACCAACCGAAAGCGUCAAACGCAGAGGUCACACCAGCGGGACUAAAUGGCAUCGCAGUUACCCUCUUGGCUGAUGAUAUUGAAUGCGCUUCCCGUAAACUCUAG